CGACCAACUUCUUUCGAGUAUUUUAAAGUACUAUUAAGAAUUUAAUCUUGUUCAGCCACCAGUGAACCUAUUUCAACCUUGCGAAUCAUGGCCGAUCUCGAUCCAAGUACCCUCUUUAAUGUGAAGGGUCUUGUCGCCGUUGUCACCGGUGGAGGAACAGGGAUUGGAUUGAUGAUCGCUCAAGCACUUGAAGCGAACGGCGCAAUAGUGUACAUUCUUGGAAGGCGCGAGGAAGUGCUCAAGAAAGCAACUAGCACCGCAAAGCACGGAAACAUUCAUCCCAUCAAAGCAGAUGUGACUUCAAAGUCCGACUUGUCAGCGGCAGUGGAUCAAAUUGCCCAAAAGACCGGCUAUGUCAACCUCGUAGUCGCCAACUCUGGGAUCUCUGGGCCAUCACUCAAAGGCCUUUCAAAGGAUGCCUCACUCUCUGACUUCCGCGCCCAUCUGUACAACUGGGAAGUCGCCGACUUCAACAAUACGUAUGGUGUCAAUACAACAGCCGUCUUCUACACAAUUGUUGCGUUCCUCGAAUUGCUUGACAAGGGCAACAAAGCAAGAAAUAUCGAGCAAAAGAGUCAAGUAAUUGCGGUGAGCAGCGUUGCCGCGUUCAAUAGGGUACCGUUGUCGGGUUAUGCGUAUGGGAGUUCCAAGGCGGCGGUUACGCAUAUGAUGAAACAGUUUGCGACGAGUCUGGUGUCGUACGAUAUUCGAUCGAAUGUCAUUGCGCCUGGGUUCUUUCCAAGUGAGAUGACACAAGAAGGGAUUAAGCAGCGUGGAGAAGGCAAAGACGCCUGGCCGAAAGACGUAAUACCUGAGCAGAGAGUGGGAGACGUGAAGGAUAUGGCUGGUGCUGUGCUGUUUCUCACAAGUCGAGCAGGAGGCUACAUCAAUGGCAAUGUGCUGAUUAUUGAUGGUGGGCGGCUGAGUGUUCUUCCUGCAACAUACUGACAGCACCAUGGCCUGGAUCUGCAGCCGGUGAGAUGAGGAUGAAGGGUCUGUAACAGGGUGUGGAGGCAACGAGGGAGCACGUGAGUUUCUCUCACUCACCUUAACUUGGACUGGCUCUCUCUCUCACUCCAGCUGUUUGCCUUCAUUCCAGGUGGUUUUAGCGCUGAGUUCCCAUACUUAAAUCUCAAACCACAAACAAUUUCUUUCUAGUCAGCGUUGUUAUCAAUCUUUACUCUUAUUUUGG